AGAUCCCGCGGCGCAUGACCGCCUGAGACGCGUGUGACGCGAGUGUGUUGUGCGUGAGUGUACCGUGUCCUAGGUGCUUAACUUUUACACGUACUUUAGUGUCGAUGCGUUUGUAGAUAGUUUUGUCAGUAGCUUCCAAACAAAAACCAGAUUAUGUUAUAGUGCACCAGUGUAAUCUAAAAUGUUCACAAUGACUUAUUGGUGCAAACGCCCAUGCGCCGCGUCGGUAAGCGCAUUAAUGACUAUUUUUGUGUGCGUUAUGAUUGAAGUAACCUCGUUGGAGGUUAGGCGAGAGUCACAUAAGUUCACAAUAGAGGAGUUGUUGACUACACACUUCGAACACAAGGACUCUGGCGAUCACGGGAUGGAUCCUUGCAAGGCUGAAAAUUUUCAAGGUGACAUUGCAAUCUCGGACAUAGAUUAUAAAUACAAACCUGUAACUAAUGCACCACCAUCAUCCAAAAUCAAUAAGUCUCUUCAAGAAGAAGUCGAAAGACUCAAGAAGGAAGUACUUCUAGAAGGACUUCAAGUGGAAGAGGAAGGCUUGCCAGAUAUUUUGAGAAAGAGAACAAAACAGCCUUUACCACUCUCACAAGAGAAACCAAAGAAGUAUAACGACGCCUCUUUGAUGACAAAGAAUUUGCCUUCAGGCUUAGACAAGUCAGUUUUAAUGAAGAAUGGUAAAAUACCCCCAGGCGAGAUGAUAGACAGUUCUACAAAUAUCAACAACCAACCAGAUUUCUCCAAUUCAACUUCAGUUGUAGAUAACUUAACUGAAUCUGAAAGUCUGGAACAAGAUGGAGUUCUCGUGGUUAACGUAUCAACUGACAACAUAUUGAAUUUAGACGAGUUAUACCCAAAUAUUCAAAUGUCUAAUUUCUCCAAUAAGAUGGACGAAGUUACAAACAAGAUACAGAGCAACAGUAGAGAAAUCACUGGAGAUUCUAAUAACAACAUUAAGUUCAAAGAUUUACCAGAGAAUAUAACUGUCGCUCCUGCUCCUACUAAUGGAGUUAUUCCGACUAAUGAACAAGGAGAAGAAGACAAUGUUGAUAAAGAAAUUGUCAAUACAAAGAAGAAAGAUAUUGCAAAGAAAAUAGAGGAAGAUGAUUUGCUUAAGCCGACAGAAAGUUUACAGAGUUUGAUUGAAGAGACGAGUGGAAAAAGAAGACGAAGACGAAGACGGCACGGCAGACGAUUAAGAAAUAUACAAUCCACUGUAAGAACAGGAGAAAACAAUCUAAAAACAUCGGUUGAAAACCACAGUUCACAUAGAAGAAAAUUUUUUCGACACCAAAGAAAGUUUAACAAGGAACAUAGAUCCGCAGAACGGAAAUACGAAAUUCCGGAGCACGAGUUCGAAGAGAAAUUUGAAGUAAAAGUACCACCGAAAAAAAAUAAAGAAAACAUUACUGAAGCGAAUGAACAGUUCAAAGGCUGGUUUUUUCGAGAUUCUACUGACGACUUAGAAGCAGCUGAAAGUCAAUUCUAUAAUAAUACACAGAACGUUAAACGCCAUCGCUCCAUUCGUGCCGCAACUAAUCGCAAAGAAAGAAUCUGGGAACAUGGUGUUAUUCCAUAUGAAAUCGACGGCAACUUCAGUGGCGCUCACAAGUCUCUAUUCAAACAAGCCAUGAGACAUUGGGAGAAUUAUACUUGCGUCAAAUUCGUUGAAAGAGACGCUGAGAUGCAUAAGGACUAUAUCGUUUUCACUGAAAGACCCUGUGGAUGUUGCUCAUUUGUCGGAAAACGCGGAGGUGGAGCGCAAGCAAUUUCAAUCGGCAAGAACUGCGACAAAUUCGGCAUUGUGGUUCACGAAUUAGGCCACGUCGUUGGUUUCUGGCACGAGCAUACACGACCCGAUAGAGACCAUCAUGUGCAGAUCAUCCGAGACAACAUUAUGCCAGGACAAGAAUACAACUUCAAUAAGCUUACAGAAGAAGAAGUGAAUUCUUUAGGCCAGACUUACGACUACGAUUCGAUAAUGCAUUAUGCAAGGAACACUUUCAGUAAAGGAACGUAUCUGGAUACAAUAUUGCCGCUAGAGGUCCUUGGAAAGAAAAGACCGGAGAUCGGACAAAGAGUACGAUUGAGCGCUAGUGAUAUCGCACAGACGAACCUUCUUUAUAAAUGUGCUAAAUGUGGAAAGACCCUUCUAGGGAACUCUGGCUGGUUCAAUUCACCAGGCUGGGGCGUCGAAUCGGCCACCGCAAACUCAGAAACAUGCGAAUGGCGCAUUGUCGCUACUCAUGGGGAACGAGUUGUCCUGAAUAUUACAGAAAUUGAUAUCCAUAAGUCUGAAGAGUGUCGAUACGAGUGGGUAGAAGUUCGUGAUGGAUACAUGCCAGAUGCACCAUCGUUGGGUCGCAUAUGUGGUUCAGGAAAAGGACCUGUUCUGCGCUCUACUGGAUCCAGGCUAACUGUUGUUUACCAACCAGGUCCCAGGCCAAAACCACAUAAAGGAUUUAAAGCUCAUUACGAGGCUGUAUGCGGAGGUGAAAUAGAAGUGGACAGCAAUGGUCAUUUGGAAUCUCCAAAUUAUCCUGAUGAUUAUCAACCUAAUAAGCUAUGUGUCUGGAGACUGACUGUUCCACAGGAUUACCAAGUAGCGUUAAGAUUCCACUCGUUUGAUGUGGAGAACCACGAUACUUGUUCAUACGACAAAGUGAAAGUUCGGGAUGGGGAUUCCAUGGACAGUCCACUUAUUGGCAUGUUCUGUGGACACAAAAUUCCACCAGAUAUCAGGUCUACAUCCAAUAAACUCUUAGUGAUCUUCGAAUCUGACAGCACAGUCCAAAAAGCAGGUUUCUCGGCUACUUUCAUGAAGGAAUUCGACGAAUGUGCCUCGAUAGAGCACGGGUGCAGCCAUUCCUGUGUCAAUACCUUGGGAGGAUAUGAGUGCGCCUGCGAUAUUGGAUAUGAACUUCAUUCAGAUGGAAAACAGUGUGAAAAUGCAUGCGGAGGAGUUCUCUACGCUUCCAAUGGCACUAUCACAUCACCUUCGUUCCCGGACCUGUAUCCACCAUCCAAGAACUGUCUUUGGGAAAUCGUCGCGCCACCACAACAUAGGAUCACUUUGAACUUUUCUCACUUUGACCUGGAAGGCAACAGUAUGUAUCAGCAGGAAUGUGAAUACGACAGCGUUACUGUUCACUCAAGACUCGGAGCAGAUGUGCUGAGGCGUCACGGAGUGUUCUGCGGGUCAGCUCUACCACCACCGGUCACGUCUGAUGGAUCUGUCCUUCGUGUUCAAUUCACGUCAGACCCCUCAGUCCACCGCACAGGCUUUGGAGCAGUAUACUACAUAGACGUGGAUGAAUGUGCAGAAAACAACGGAGGCUGCCAGCACGAAUGCCAUAACACCCUUGGAGGAUAUGAGUGUGCCUGCCAUAGUGGCUUUACUUUGCAUCAGAAUAAACAUGACUGUAAAGAAGGUGGUUGCAAACAUGAUGUAACACAACCUCAUGGAACUAUAGUCAGUCCGAACUAUCCCAACAUGUAUCCAGCGCGAAAAGACUGCGUGUGGCAAUUCUCUACCACUCCGGGACAUCGCAUUAAAUUGAUCUUCAACGUUUUUGAGCUGGAACCUCAUCAGGAAUGUGCUUACGACCACGUGACGAUCUACGACGGAGCGUCAGCAGAAGACAAGACCCUAGGCCGGUUCUGCGGCAACAAACUGCCCCAUCCUGUGGCAGCCAACACCAAUCAGAUGUACGUCGUCUUCAAGAGUGAUGCUUCUGUACAGAGGAAGGGAUUCUUGGCCACUCAUUCUACAGCAUGCGGAGGCUAUCUAGCAGCUACUGACACAGUAAAACACCUGUAUUCACACGCACGAUAUGGGACUGAUUCCUACGAGUCGAGAGCGGACUGUGAUUGGAGUAUCGUGGCACCUGUGGGGCAUUUUGUUCGCCUCACCUUCUUGACCUUCGAGUUGGAGCCUGAGACUAAAUGCGAUUAUGACUUCGUGCAAGUUUUCGGUGGUUUGGAACGUAGUGGCGGUGAUUAUGGAAAGUUCUGUGGUACAAAGAUGCCUCCAGAAAUAGUUUCAACGUCUGAGGCACUCAUUGUACGAUUCCGUACAGAUGACUCCAUUGUCUUCAAAGGAUUCUCAGCAUCGUACCAAGCCGUCAAGCCUGACGUAUGGAGUGGAGAAGACAGUUCAUCUGAAGGUGGAGAAGAAGAAGAAGAGGAAGAAGAUGAACGUAUGUCCCCUUUAGUGGUUGGCAGGAGGGGACCUCUUCCUCUGUUCGUCCAUAGACCAACGUGACGGUGGCCGCUACCCCGCCACCCUCGCCACAGACGACCCCACGCUAAUAACCGACACAAAUAAAUAUUAGGCGAAAUUCAGCUCCGGUUUCUUCAGUGUUGCCAUUAGAGUGACAUAUCUUUUUGUAGUGCCAUAGAAUAACAUAAAUGUUUAUUAUUAAUACUCUUUCAGCCAAAGGAACAAAUUGCAUUGCAAUGCAUUUAAUAACUGUGUUAUAGGAAUGUGCGAUUGAAAUGAAAUGUCAAGACGUCAUGAUUAAUAGAUAUCUAUCAUGUUAUUUUUAGGAUUGAAUGAAAGUGUAAAUAUAGGUACUAGUCUAGUUUAGAUUUUAAAAUACUUAAAUGUAGUAGUUACCACGAAAAUACUCAAAACGUGUAAUUUAGUUACAUGGUCUAUAAAUUUAUAAUCAUGUUUAUUUAAUUUUUUAUUGCCAUUUUACCAAAGAUAGUUUCUGUUGAUAAAAGUGCCAUAAUUAGGUACUAAAUAGAUAAGUAGCAGUUCGUAUAUAAACAAAGAAUGCAAUGCAGUACAUCAACCCGUAAUUUUUUAAUAAUAAUCUAGACCUAUUAUUAAGCCGUUAUCUCAGUGUACUUAAUGUUUCUCUUAGCCAUUAUGAUAAUAUCUCUAAUAUCUACUGUUGGAACACUGUCUUAAAACAAUCAUACAGAAGUAGAUUCUUUUGGUCAAAGCAUAAUUUAGUUAUACCUACCUAAAUAAGAUACUGAGACAAUAUUUAAAUAUAAGACUUAUGUAUCUCAUUAAUAUUAAGUCUUAAAAUUCGCAUUAUAUUUAAAACUUAACUUUUGUGGAUCUAUCUCACAUUUAUAAUAAUAUUUUUGUCUAUAAAAAUCAAUCACAUGACGUGUUCAUUCUGUAAUAAAAAUUACUUAAUGUUAUGUUAUAGAUUAACUUAUUUGAAUACUCUACCAGAACAAUUUUUAUUUUU